UCGGAUAUGCAUGAUCAGUUCAAUAAUCUGAUAUUUGAUUCUUACAUGCAUGUACUCUGGACGUUUAUGCAUUGUUCUCUCUUCUUUUACAUUUCCACUUCCGACCUCUCUAUCUGAUGUCGAUUGAUAAAAGAAAUGGCAGGUCCCUUUUGCCAAUAUCUGCAAUAUAUUAUAUCAUUGGAAGAGUUCAAUAUCCUCAAUCACAGAAAUUGUCAAUUGACAAAUAACAGCAUACAAUAAAAGGUCAUAUCUUUUCUUUUUCUCUUUUACUGAUGCAGUUAUUGAUAUCUAGACAAAAGAAAUCUAAAUUUUAUUCUUGUAUUGAUGAAACUGUCGUUACACUGGAUGAGAAUCCCAGGUUGCAGUUGAAGAGGUACAGUUUCCAUCACACUGCUUUCUCACCUGGUUCUUGAAUAUAAAGCUCAAUCUUUAAUAAACUAGGGUAAAUAAAUAGAAAUAUGUUGUAUCAUAGUUACUUAGCCACUUGUAUGGAGAAUCAAGAUCAAUGAGAAAGCUACACUGUAUCAUACAGAAUAAUAUAAUGAUCAAUUAGCCCGCUGAUAGAGUCACUAGGCAUUGUUGUUUAGUGAGCAGCCGAACUGAAAAGGAAAUGGCAAUUCUAUAUCAUGAUUUAGUCAGAGCUGCCGGCCUCAAAGGUUGAACAUGUUGUUUUAGGCCUUUUUGCAAAUUUCUGCAAGGCCUUAUUGGCGAUCACAGCUAUUACAUUACAAACCUCCCUUUGUAAAUUCAGCCAAUUGGCAUUCGAUCUGGUGUAAGCAAAUAAAAUCAGCUUUGUUACGUUCUCCUUGUUUUAUUACUCCAUCCAUCAUAUACAAGGAAGCCAUUUUCACGGAACUAUCAGUUAGUUUAUUGAAAAAUGCAUCGAAUUUCCAACUGCGUCCUCGUUAUUUUGAUCUUUCUUAUCUUUCCAUUGUCAAAUUCAGAAGAAGAAAAUGUGAGGCGGUCGCUACUGCAGUUCAUGGAGAAGCUGUCAGGAGGAAAUAUGCCAAAUGACCAGAUAUGGGGUUGGGAUAAUAAUUCUGAUCCUUGCAGGGACACAUGGGUGGGUGUGAACUGUGAUUCCAAGUCACUAGCUGUAAAGAAAAUAAUUCUUGAUGAGUUCAACUUCACUGGAACUUUUGAUGCCAGUUCUGUGUGCACAGCAAAGUCUCUCAUUGUCUUGAGCUUGAAUCGGAAUAACAUUUCUGGCUUGAUACCUGAGGAGAUUAGAAACUGCAAACACUUAACUCACUUGUAUCUAAGUGGAAACAAGUUAUCUGGUGAUAUUCCUGACUCUCUUUCACAAUUGAGUAACUUGAAAAGGCUUGAAAUAUCCAACAAUAAUUUGUCAGGUCAAGUUUCUGGUCUGUCUCGGAUUUCAGGCCUAAUAUCGUUUCUUGCUGAGAACAAUCAGCUUAGUGGUGGAAUACCAGAAUUUGAUUUCUCCAACCUUCAGGAAUUUAAUGUCGCCAACAACAAUUUCAUCGGACCGAUUCCUGAUGUCAAAGGUAAGUUCACCAUUGACAAAUUUUCAGGUAAUCCUGGAUUAUGUAGAAAACCAUUAUUAAACGCAUGUCCACCAUUAGCUCCUCCUCCACCAGAGACAAAGUCAAAGCAUUCAUCAAAAAAUGGGUUCCUCAUCUACUCGGGCUAUAUAAUUCUUGCCCUGGUUAUUCUGUUAUUAAUUGCUCUGAAAUUUAUCAGUAAUAGGAAGUCUAAAGAAGCAAAAAUCGAUCCUAUGGUGGCAACAGAUACCGGCAACAAAACUAAUGCUACUUUAGGCGAAUCCAGAACUGCUGGGAACAGAGCAGAGUACAGAUCGGAGUACUCAAUUACAUCAGCGGAAAAUGGAAUGCCUUCAUCAGCACUUGUGGUUCUUACAAGUUCUUUGGUGAAGGAGCUGAAAUUUGAGGACUUGCUUCGAGCUCCAGCUGAGUUGCUUGGAAAAGGAAAGCAUGGGAGCCUCUACAAGGUCUUGCUUAAUGAUGAGAUAAUCCUGAUAGUGAAGAGGAUCAAGUACUUGGGCAUUUCUAGUGAAGACUUCAAGAAGAGGAUACAGAGGAUACAACAAGUGAAGCAUCCAAGAUUUUUGUCUCCAGUCGCCUUCUAUUGCUCCAAGGAAGAGAAGCUUUUGGUGUAUGAAUUUCAGCAGAAUGGCAGCCUCUUCAAACUUCUUCAUGGAUCCCAGAAUGGUCAGGUAUUUGACUGGGGAAGCAGACUGAAUGUGGCAACCAUAAUUGCUGAGACAUUAGCAUUUAUUCAUCAGGAAUUUUGGGAAGAUGGAAUUGCUCAUGGAAACCUGAAAUCCACAAACAUAUUAUUUAAUGAGAAUAUGGAACCAUGCAUCAGUGAAUAUGGUCUAAUGGUGGUUGAAAACCAAGAUCAAUCAUUGCUAUCGAAAACUGAUAGCUACAAACAGAAUGCUCCGAGUAGCCGCCUUUAUAGCACCUUCAAGGUCGAUGUCUAUGCCUUCGGUGUGAUUCUUCUGGAGCUUUUGACAGGGAAAUUGGUCGAAAAUAACGGGUUCGAUUUGGCAAAAUGGGUGCACUCAGUUGUUAGCGAGGAGUGGACGGUUGAAGUUUUUGACAGGGCCUUGAUAUCAGAAGGUGCAAGUGAAGAGAGGAUGGUGAACCUGUUACAGGUAGCGUUGAAGUGCAUAAAUCCCUCCCCAAAUGAAAGGCCAACCAUAACUCAAAUUGUUAUGAUGAUAAACUCGAUAAAAGAGGAUGAAGAGAGGUCCAUAAUCUCUGAACCAUGAUUAGACAUGCCAUGAACACACUUGCUAUAGGAUAAAUGUAGGAUGUAGGAAAUUUGCUUGUAAUCCUUUGCAUAUGUAAACCAAGAGAAGUUAAGAAAUGUACUGGAACAUAGUUCUUUGCCCUACAAAA